UUCCAGCACCGAGACCAGUAUUGAGAUUUAUUCACUCUAUGAAGGAAUUGACUUCUAUACCUCUGUCACCCGUGCAGAGUUUGAAGCAUUGAAUGCUGCUGACCUUUUCCGUGGCACCCUGGACCCUGUAGAGAAAGCCCUUUGUGAUGCUAGGCUUGACAAAUCCCAGAUGCAUGGUAUUAUCCUGAUAGAGAGUUCUACCUGUAUCCCCAAGAUUCAGAAAAUCCUGCAGGACUUCUUCAGUGGAAAAGAGUCGAAUGAGAGCAUCAACCCUGAUGAAGCUGUUGCUUAUGGUGCCACUUUCCAGGCAGCCCUGCUCUCUGGAGACAAAUCUGAAAAUGUUCAAGAUUUGCUGCUGAUGGCUGUCACUGCUCUUUCCCUUGGCACUGGGACUGCUGGUGGAGCCAUGGCUGUCCUCAUCAAGAGCGAUAAUACAGUUCCUACCAAGCAGACACAGAGCUUCACCACCUACUCUGACACCCAGCCUGGGGUGCUGAUUCAGGUUUAUGAAGGUGGGUGUGCCAUGACCAAGCAACCUAAUUGGUUGAUUACAACCUAACUGGCAAGUGUGAACUCACAGGCAUACCUCCUGCUCCUUGUGGUGUUCCUCGGAUUGAAGUCACUUUUGAUGGAGAUGCCAAUGGCUUCUUAGUGUGUCUGCUGUGGAUAAGAGUACAGGAAAAGAGAACAAGAUUACCAUCACUACUGACAAGGGUCAUCUGUGCAAGGAAGACAUUGAGCGCAUGGUCCAGGAGGCUGAGAAAUACAAAGCUGUUACAUUUCAAAUGCUACUUGUAUUGC